AUGACCUGCUCCCACAACGUGGUCUUCCUCUUGGACACCGCGGAUUCCACAGAGAAGGCUCGCCUUCACUUGGGCACCUUGAGGAUCUUGAACUUCUUGGCUUGCAAGUUUGGUCUCGCUAAGGUCCGAUGGGAUUUCAAAUUCUUUGACUCCAUGGGAAUCCGUGGCCGGGCUUCGCGUGUAGGCAGCUUCCGGGAGCUUGGCUCCCGCAGCUGGGAAGACUUCGAGGAGGAGCUGGCGGCCAGGUUUGGGAAGCAGCUCUGCACUCCCUGCUCACCGGGCCCAACCCCACGAUCCACCGUCACUCGGAACAUUCUGAAAGAAACGCUGCUUGACUAUCAGUGGGAUCGGCCUGAAAUAGUCUCUCCUGCCAAACCGGUGCUGAGAAGUCAGAAAAACAAAUUAACUGUGAUUGCGGAUAACCCUCCAGUGCAGUCCACUCAUGCGGGCUUUGCUAAUGCCAUUUUCCUCUUAUCUCCCUGCCCUCAUUCCCAGAGGGAACUCUUGCAGUUUAUUUCUGGAAACUAUGCUUCUUUACUGGAAGACCUGCCUCCUUUGCAUGACCUGGCAGAAAAAUUCCUCCCUAAGGGAAUCCAGGACAUGAUAGUCAAUCAUAAGGUCACUCUGUAUUGGAUGGACACCGCUGAAUGGUCCAAGCUUGAACCCUCUGAUCACACAGGCUACCUUAUGUUGCUUGAAGUCAUGUGCAUCCUGGGAGGCACCGUUUUGUCGUCUGAGGUUGCUGAAGUGACAUUUUUAUCGGGAGCUCAUUCUCCUUGUACCGGGGUUCUCUCCCCCAUCUCUGGCACCGCCACGCUUCUUUCUCUCCUCUCUGCUGAACAAGUUGCGGAAGCCGAGAGGUGCCUCCUUCAAGCCCCUGUGGCAGAGAACAUUUCCAAGGAGCUGGACUUCUGUCUGCCAGAAGUCGUGAGCAGCGUGCUAAGUCAGGUCAUAGAGGACUCUGAUGAAGACCACCACCAAGCAGGUCCUGGAUGGGCCCAGCAAGAGCUCCCAGGUGCUCAAAGCUGGAAUCCUGACGUGCUUGAAGAUUGGUACAGUGUGUCAAACCUUUGUGGUGCAAGCUCAUACUUGAUGGAACCAUUCAGGAUGCUGCAAGCAAGUUGUCCUCAAAAUGAAGAGGACACCCCAAAAUCAGAAGUGGAGCUGAGACGGUCCCUAGCAGAAUUUUACCAGAAAAAAAAUUCUGAUCGUACAGUUUCAUCUCACCCCCGAGAUCAGAAAAAGAGAUGCGGGGCUCCCCGGACGCCCAUUAGGCAGAAGAUGAAAACCAUGCCCCGUUCUCUUCAGAUGCUGAAUGUUGCCAUGCUCAACGUGAAAGCUCAAAAACACCAGCCGGAGGGAGACCUGCCCGCGAAUAAAAAGCCACGCCAAAGGCCGCUGUCCAGAAGAUUGGAAAACGGAAGGAAACGGAAAAGCAAGAUGGACUUCAGUACUGAAGGCGAAAUGCUGUCUUACCUCAGUGCAAACUACGAGAACGCUAUGAAGGAUGGGGGAAAUUUGUUUGCACGUUCUCAAGAUAUGGUGACGGCGGUUAAUGCAUUUCAGAAAUCCAGUGAGGCAGCUUGUCUAGAUACGAUCCAAACAAGUCUCCUGAAGACCACCAACGCUCUUCGUCAACAACUUGCUUCUGAUCCUGAUAAAGAAACCAAAAUCAAAGAGUGCCAACUUCAAGUGUAUUUGCGCCUGGAGAUGUGCCUGCAACGUCCUUCUUUGCAAAACAACACAGACAGAAUGGAGCAGCUUGUGCAAGAGAUGACAGAGUUACUUAGGAUGUUGUGCUUGACUAAAGAUCCAGGAUACCUCAGCAGUUUUUUGGAGGAAGUUCUAGAUAUAUACAUGGAAUCUAUGCCAAAGACGCUUGGUGAUUUGUACUACAGUCUGGGAACGGAGAUUCCCUCUAAGUUAGCUUCCGUCCUUCCAGCGGAUUUCUUCAGCGACGAUUCCAUUACCGAGGAGACAGAGAGUUCACCCUUUCCUGCUUCGGCCGCCUCUUUUCCACUUUCUAAAGCAGGUUCUUUAAGCACUGAAGCAGAUGAGCUGGAAGAACUUCGCAGCCGAUCUGCUAAGAAACGAAAACAUCCGCUAGCCAGACAUAGGAGUAUCGCAGAAAUGUCACAGAAUUUACGCCAAAUAGAAAUUCCUCAAGCAUCCUGGAACCACAAGAGAAAGGACAGCUCUCAUGUGCCCCUUGAGGUCAAACUGGCACCAAUUUCCAAGAAAAUGGGAGUACAAGAAGUGAUAAAGGUGAGAAGAAAUCUUUUCAAUAGAGAAACUCUAUCUCUGGGCAAAGGUUCCUUACCAAAGAUGGCUCGGAGCCAGUCAGUUUCCAUUUUGGAAGAUCUAAAACAUAAACGCAGCAGAUCUAAGGAAGAUAUUAAAGCUCAUCACAAGCUCUUGACCACAACGGUGGCAGAAACCCCCUUGCACAAGCAGAUGUCCAGGCGCCUUCUGCAGAGGCAGAUUACAGGCCGGUGUUCGGAUCCUGGGUCUGAUGUUGGCAUUGUGGAAGAAUCUCCUGAAAAGACCAUGACCUAUGGUUUAAGAAGAAGUCCGCGGAUCAAGCAAUUGAUGCAGGAUAAAUUUCUCUCCAGCUCCAUCCGCUCCCUAGAGCCAAAUAAAAGGAACACACCACAAGUGCAUUCUGCACAUCUGGAAGAACCAGUUCUGUGCCAAAAACUGGAUGUCUCCCCUCUUCUCCACAAGCCUCUUUCAGACAGCUCUCCCGUAGACCAAGGCCCCAAGAGGCCCCCAAGUGGCAUUGCUUCAGCAGAGGAAGCCGCAGAUGCACAGCCUGCGCUCUCCUCGAGCCCCCCCAGGCACGAUCGGGCCUCCUCCCUGCUUGCAAUCUCAAAGUCAGGUUCUUGUGCUUAUGCGUUGCGUUGCACCGCUGACAGGCGGCAACGGGAAGCUGCAGCCCGGCUGGAGAAGGAGGAAAAGAUGGCUACGUCCCAAACUCUCGGGGCAACGGCUGCUCCACUGACCUAUGAGGUGGAACUUGAAAUGCAGGCUUCCGGUCUGCCCAAGCUCCGCAUCAGAAAGGUGGCUUCCGAGGCUGUGCAGCAGCAGCAGCAGCCUCCUGUUUCGUGUGACACACUCAAGGGGGAGGAAAACGAUCGCACGGCGGGGGAUGUUUCGGUGGCCUGGUGUAGCAGGCACCCAGAGAAAUUGGAACUGCUGUCCAUCUCGCCGUCCUGUGUCCGCUCUGCCCACAAUACCCCUGGGAAGUUUGGGAUUGCUGGGCAGACUUACAUAUGCCACUCCUAUUCACCCACGCUCUGCGCCUCGUCUACGGCUUCCCCGUCCCAGGGCAGCAGUGGUGUGGCUUGGACCCCGUCUCCAAAACGUAACGGGAAGGUGACCCCCGAGGCCAUCAAAGAUUGGCCACGGAGGAAAAGGGCCGCGGUUGGCUGCAACCGAAACGAAAGGCCAGCAGAAGCGGUCGGAGAAGAGCCAGCCCCACAUCCUGGGGGCAAGGAAGCAUUAGAACUCUUCGGUCCCAGGAAGGCUCAGCCCUUGGGAGACCCGGAAUUUGAAGGAAUAGAUAUGCUUCUAGAUCUUGGCAGCGAUACAGAAGGCAACAAGGAGGAGAACCUCAUCAUGCUGGGGCUAGAGUCUAGAAAAAGGGCUCUGGAGCCAAGAUCACUGGGUGAGGAGGCUAGCCAGGAAAUGAAAAGGCCGUGCCUAAUAAAAGAGAACCCCAGAGUCGCCGUCUACUCAACUGAACUGCUCAGCACGGGAGAACAGACAGUCUCCUCAAAGUCAACAACCCUGGAGGACAUCUUCAGCUUCUCAGAUACGACUCCACCCAAAUCUUCAGGUGUCAUCUCCGCAAGUGGCCUUUGGGCACUGGAACAGUCCCCACUCCUGUAUAAAGGCCCUCCUACGUCCCAGAGGAAGUGCCCAAACGGGGAAGACUCGGAGACGUUUGCAGCUGCGUACGAGGAUCUCUCUCUUUUCCGCAGCGCGCCAGGCAGAAAGAGAUCCAUUACCAGGACCUACUCACGGAAAAGGCCACUCUGCUGA